UCGAGAAGAAUCAUGACGUUACAGAUAUAUUUCUUUUAAUCUCACUAGAUGUCUCUAAGCGGACUCGAAGCGAUGCAGGAUUAUAUUGCUGUAGACGUAGAUGAAAAAUCGUUCCUGUACCCCAACAGUAGCCAAAUUUCGUACAACACAACAAUGGGAUCUCAGUCUCUCUUCAGCGGGACUGAAAAAACUGUUUUAAUUGUUGCUUACACGUUCGUCUUCUGUUGUUGUAUAUUUGGAAAUCUGCUUGUUAUGGUUGUCGUGUUUCUCCAACGACGUCUACGCACUGUAACAAACUUCUUUUUAACGAACCUGGCUGUGGCUGACUUCUGCGUUGGCGUAUUCUGUGUUUUCCAGAACCUUUCCCUGUAUCUGAUGGACAGCUGGCCCUUCGGUAACUUCCUGUGUAAGAUGUAUCACUUCAUCCAAAGUUUGAGUUAUAACACGUCAAUAGCUAUCUUGAUGGUUAUCUGUGUCGAAAGAUAUGUCGCUAUUAUCUACCCGCUAUGGAGUAAACAGGCUGUUACGUUGGGUCGUUUGCGUGCUGUAAUAACGAUAGUUUGGUUGGUUAGCGCCCUCUAUUGUUCUCCUCGGCUCAUAAUGUACGGAACUGCCGAGCUGCCCUCUGUUUCCGGUUCAUCGGUGGAAUGUUUCAUGCAGCGCCGAUUUUACGAUUCUGAAAUUUACGACAUCGCUAAUUUUGUGUUUCUGUUAGUAAUCCCGUUGGUCGUCAUCGUCGUACUGUACUCUAAAAUUGCUAUUCAUUUGUGGAAAAGUAGUGUAGACUCCAUGGAGUGUGGAGAGGUGGAGCUCAGGCACGUGCGUCAGGCUUUAAGUAAGAAGAGCUUCUCUCUCAGAGAAUCUCAUUCUAACCUUCAUUUGUGUUAUGGCGGCCAUACAGGGAGCCUUAGCCAUGUCCACGGCGCCCAUUUUGUGGUAAGAAAAAAUGGCGGGAUCUGUGUGUGCCACGAAAUCCGUUUAUCUGUAAUGGACGAAUCUGAGCUCGCCGUCAGGGAGCACUGUUGUUAUUGUAACAUGACCAGGAACAUCCAAGAACCCAGCACGAGCGGGACUCGGAUGAAUCAGUCGUCAACAAGACGGAACAACCAUGGCGUCUCGUUUCAACAACACUGUCUUACACAAGCUCCAAAGACAAUAAUAAGAGCUAGAAGGAAAGUGUUACGUCUUCUUUUGGCCGUUGUCUUGUGUUUUGCUUUUUGUAACUUACCUUUCCACGUUCGUAAGCUUUGGCAGUAUUGGUCUCCUCAUUUUGACGGCACCAGUAAAAGUUCUGUCUUCUUCACUAUGGGCACAACCCUGUUACUAUACUUUAAUUCCGGUAUAAAUCCUAUUCUCUACGCGUUCCUCUCAGAAAACUUUAGAAAUUCGAUGAAAGAGGUGAUGUGCUGCAGAAGACACCCAGUCAUCAGUCGUUUCGCUUCUUGUCGCUCAACCCCGCGUGCUGCACAUCAGGAACGUACAGUUAUCCAAACUAUCUAACCACUGUUCUCGU